AUGGACAGAGUGAUCGAGAAGCUCAAUGCUGCUGCUGCGCCCGGGCCUGACCGUGUGAUGGCUGGAGCUGUGCUUGCUGCUGCGACGGCGAAAGGCGACACCUUCAUCCGCGCAUUCGGCACGACGACCGUGCACGACGACGCUCCGUUGCUCCGCACCGACUCCGUCAUGUGGCUCGCAUCUGUCACAAAGCUCUUGACCACCGUUGCGGCACUGCAAUGUGUUGAGAAGGGAUUUUUCGAGCUCGACGCGCCCAUCUCGAGAAUCCUGCCGGCGUGGGCGAACCCCGAUAUCCUGACUGGCUUCGAUGACGCCACGGGGAAGCCGGUUCUUCAGAAGGCCACGAAGGCGAUUACCUUGCGGCAUCUUCUCACUCAUACCUCAGGGAUGGCGCUCGAGCAGGCGCAUCCGGUGCUUGCGAAGUGGAGACGCUGGGCGCAGGGUAAGCCAGGUGAUGGAGGUUUUCAGAGCGUGGCUGAGGGUGGUAGCAUGAUGGAGUUGAUGGCGGCAGGUUUCUCGGACCCUGUCGACGAUUUAGAUGUCCCUCUGGUAUAUGAGCCCGGCGAUGGCUGGUCUUAUGCGGGAGGACUGGACGUUGCGGCACGCAUGAUUGAGCAAGCAACCGGCUUCACCCGCUUCGAGGAUUAUAUGGCCGAGCAUAUUUGCAAGCCCCUAGCCAUGAAAUCCACCACUUUUCAUCCCGCCCAGAGAGCGGGCCUCGCGGUGGCCCCUCUGACGGUCAAACUGCCGAAUAACCAGCUCACCAGCGACAUUCCACUUUCUUUCCCGAACCACGACCCAAAGCACGAUGGCGGUGGAUCUGGUCUUUUCAGCACAGCUGAGGAUUACCUCAGGCUCCUCACAAGCUUGCUGCUCAAUGACGGCAGAAUCCUGCACAGGGAUACAGUGACCGCAAUGUUUGAGCCUCAGCUAUCUAACAAUGAGUUCCUGAGCGCAAACUUGGCAGUCCCCGAGUUUGGAAGAUUGAUGGUGCCAGGCAUGCCUGUCAAUCGUGAUUGGAAUUGGGGACUGGGCGGAAUACUCGCCAUGGAUGGCAUACCUGAUCGCGCUAGUGAGAGCUGCAUGUGGUGGUGCGGGAUUGCCAACGGACAGUGGUGGAUCGACCAACACGCGGGAACGUGCGGAAUCAUACUCACUCAUUUGAUCCCGCCAGGCGAUGAGCGGACCUCUGCUUUGUUUGGAGAAUUCCAGAACGCAGUGCAUGCAGGAAUGUUGGUGGAUAUCGAUUGA